AUGUCGCGCUGUGACAACAGCCCCAUAAUAAUAAUAAUAAUAGUAAUAAUAAUAAUAAUAAUAAUAAUAAUAAUAAUAAUAAUAAUAAUAAUAAUAAUAAUAAUAAUAAUAAUAAUAAUAAUAAUAAUAAUAAUAAUAAUAAUAAUAAUAAUAAUAAUAAUAAUAAUAAUAAUAAUAAUAAUAAUAAUAAUAAUAAUAAUAAUAAUAAUAAUAAUAAUAAUAAUAAUUUUAGAAAGGACCUUGACGACGAUAUCUUCCUUUCAAGUUGAGUGGCGGAAGCACUUGGUACUGAUGACUUGA